AGUUAGUUAACCAGUAUCCCUGUGAUUAGCUGAAGCGCGCUGGUAUAUUAGGAAGCAUUUGGGCAUGUGUACAAUGAAUACCUUGGCGGUUACGCUUCGUCUGCCACACAUAUGCAAUUAACGUUAGCACAUCUUUCGGAGAAACCGGUUGUGAUCUUGCUUCCUUGUCAGCUGGUUAACUAGUCUAGCAACUUGGUCGUAAGCAUAUAGCUGUAGCUAGCUAGCUAGCUUCCUUGCAAGUUUGCUAGCUGCAAUCAUUUACCCAUCCGGCUAGCUAUUUACUGAGCCUAGAUAUAUAACGUUAACCCUAGACAAGAGAUUUGUUGUUUUCUGUGUGUACAAGGUUGGAGGGGAUGGCGACAACAGAGCCGAGUCUAAGUCCGGGUCCAGUACCCACAGCUGAGUCCCUUGUUCCCGCUUGCAUGUUUGCGCCGGACCGUGGAUGUGGGGAGGACGCGUCCGGAACAGAAGACUGUGAGGACGGCGAGACGUUCAACGGCGAGGCCGCGGAUCACUUAGACUUUACCAGCAAGUUUGCACUGGUGAGCCCCAGCGGGGAGCAGUAUGACUCGUUACUACGGCAGCUCAGGGAGCGCAUGGAGGAGGGCUGUGGCGAGACCAUCUACGUGGUGGGAGUGGGCUCAGAUGGGGGUGACUACGGGCUGAAUGAGAGUGACAUGGAGGCGUCGGUCGCCACGGUGAGAUCUCUAAGCGAGCAGCUGGGGGCCGACCUCAUCCUGCUGCGAGAGCGGAACGAGACAGGGGGGCGUGUUCGCGACUACCUCAUCCGCCGCCGGGUGGGCGAGACCGACUUCCUGGAGGUCAGGGUGGCGGUGGUGGGGAACGUGGACGCGGGUAAGAGCACCCUGCUGGGCGUUCUGACCCACGGCGAGCUGGACAACGGCCGCGGCUUCGCCCGGCAGAAGCUGUUCCGCCACAAGCACGAGAUGGAGAGCGGCCGGACCAGCAGCGUGGGCAACGACAUCCUGGGCUUCGACCAGGAGGGCCAGGUGGUCAACAAGCCCGACAGCCACGGCGGCAGCCUGGACUGGACCAAGAUCUGCGAGAAGUCCUCCAAGGUCAUCACCUUCAUCGACCUGGCGGGACACGAGAAGUACCUGAAGACCACGGUGUUCGGCAUGACGGGCCACCUACCGGACUUCUGCAUGCUCAUGGUGGGCAGUAACGCUGGCAUUGUUGGCAUGACGAAAGAGCAUCUAGGCCUGGCACUGGCCCUUAAUGUGCCUGUCUUUGUGGUCGUUACCAAGAUAGACAUGUGUCCGGCCAACAUCUUACAAGAGACCCUGAAGCUAUUACAGAGGUUACUCAAGUCCCCAGGGUGCCGGAAGAUUCCUGUUCUGGUGCAGAACAAAGAUGAUGUCAUCGUCACCGCCUCCAACUUCAGCUCAGAGAGGAUGUGUCCCAUCUUCCAAAUCUCCAACGUGACGGGGGAGAACAUGGACCUGCUGAAGAUGUUCCUUAACCUGCUCUCCUCCAGAACGUCCUACAGCGACGAGGAGCCCGCUGAGUUCCAGAUCGACGACACCUACUCCGUACCGGGAGUGGGCACAGUGGUAUCAGGGACUACGUUACGCGGAUUGAUACGACUGAACGAUAUCCUGUUGCUCGGCCCUGACCCCCUCGGCAACUUCGUCCCCAUCGCUGUCAAAUCCAUCCACCGUAAGAGGAUGCCGGUAAAGGAGGUGAGGGGGGGUCAGACAGCCUCCUUCGCCCUCAAAAAGAUCAAGCGUUCCACCAUCAGGAAAGGCAUGGUGAUGGUGUCUCCCAAGCUCAGCCCGCAGGCAUCAUGGGAGUUUGAGGCUGAGAUCCUGGUGCUGCACCACCCCACCACCAUCUCGCCAAGAUACCAGGCCAUGGUGCACUGCGGCAGCAUCAGGCAAACGGCCACCAUCCUGACCAUGAACAGGGACUGUCUCCGCACGGGGGACAAGGCCACCGUGCACUUCCGCUUCAUCAAGACCCCCGAGUACCUGCACACGGAGCAGAGGCUGGUGUUCAGGGAGGGCCGGACCAAGGCCGUGGGCACCAUCACCAAGCUUUUGCAGUCAACCAAUAACCUGCCCUCCAAUGCCAAGCCCCCACAAAUGAAGAUGCAGUCCACCAAGAAAACCCCGCCUCGACGGGAGGAGGGGUCUGCGCCAGCCAAUGAGGAAGCAGCACCCGUGGGGCGACCAGCCAGUCCACACACAGCACAGCUACAACCAAAGUCUGGAGGAGGGGGCAGAAGACGAGGGGGCCAGCGUCACAAAGGCAAAUCUCUGAGCAGCUCGACAGCAACCCCUGCUGGCGGAGUAGGGGGCUGUUAAACCCUAACUCCCCUCCUCCUCUCUUUUAUAUCUCAAAUCUUUCCACGAAGCAUCUCUAUCCGCAAGUGCUGAGUUUAAAGCAGGACUGAGUUAACCACCCGACACAGCCAUUGUGGACCUUUAGUUUUACUCAAUUAUAGCUCAAAACCAUUUAACUUCAUUCAUAGUCCCGCCUCACUCUGUGACAGUUUGUGUUCAUCUUCCAGGCAACAACCGAUUCCACAGCACUCACAGACUAAUCAGUUUUGUACUCACGCUAGUGUCUGUCCGACCCGCUCAUCAUCAUCCUCGACCUCUGACCCGUCCUCAUUGGACCAUCUUAGCCUUCUGGGGCUGUGUCAUCUCCAAACCUGUAUUUCUGAACCGACUAAUUUAUUAAGAUUUAUUUAUUAAAAAGAGAAGUCGUGUUUUCUGCUGUCCGGUUUAUCUAGGAGAGUUGAGAAAGCCACUGCAUCAAAGCUGCCCUUCCAGCCCCCAGGCCUCGCACCAUGUCUGCCCUGUGGGGUAUGCUCUGUGGAAAGCUGCUCUGGCAGCAGACCUCACCGAAUGGCAGAGAGAAGGAUGAUCACAGACAUACAGGGCAUAGCCUUUGACUGUAAAUGCUCCAACCUGUAGCAGCAUUGAGCUCCAGGCAGGCCCCCUCUUUAUUCUGUUCAGCCUAAUACAGAUUUGUAACUUUUAUGUAAAACACUUUUUGGCAAACCCUUACUAUGUUUUCACUCGCGGUAUCAGUCCACUGCUGCCAGUGUGUCAGCCGACAGCCUGCUCUUAGACAAGGCUGUGGACCUGGAGCUGACAAAAGGGCCUAUAGUAACUCUAAGCUCUAAGCAGGGCAGGCUCCAACACGACAGCGGUUCAGUCUCAAAUCAAGCUGUUUUUGUGGCAGAUUAUCGUACGUGGCAUACACUAGGCCCAAAGUGUUUCAUCAUCAUAAAAGCUGGCUCUCAUACUUGAACUCAGUGUUUCUGGUUGGAAAGAGAGCCAGCUCAAUUAUUCAGAUUCCGCAGGUAUCUAAUCUGAACGCUCGGGAAAAAUAGUCCCAUUUAUUGGCGAGAGUUGAUUCACCUAUCCACUCAAUGGCUUGCACAUUUGUUGCAAUUACUCACAGCAUCCCUAAUAGACACUUGAUACGUGUGCAAUGAAAGAGCAAUUACCUUUUCAGGAUGAAUGUAUUUGUUAGCGACCAGUCGGGUAUCUCGUUAUAUUAAUUGAAGACUAAAACAUACAGACAAGUGUGCCUUUUAAGAGAAGGCUCAAGUCAGUAUUGACACAGUGGUGCAAUUUGAAAGCUCUGUAUGGACUUGAAUACA